AUGGUUUCCCCCGUAAACAAAAAUAUAGUGGUGGUUGUGGGCAGCAAGCGAAACCACUUUAUAUCAGAAGACGCCGCAGCUUCGUUCCGCCGGCUGCAGUACUCCGCCACCAUACAUAACUUCCACUUCCACCCAACCCGCAGCACCUACGCGCUUCUCUCUACCUGGACGGACGCGUGUUACUCUCGCCCCACCACCAGCAGCAGCAGCAGCAGCAGCAGCAGCAGCAGCGGCAGCGGCAGCGGGGGAGAGGAGUGCAACCACCAGCUGUUCUAUACACCAGACCUCGGGCGCACGUUCAAGAAAUCAAAGAACGUGGACCUGAUGAUAUCUCGUGACUUUGGGCGUUCUUUUUCUCGUUUGGUUUACCGCGGCAACAAAUUUUUGCUUUCUAACGGCUACGUUUUCGUCGCCAAGGUAAAAGACGUCGUCAAACAAACCGUCACACUCCUCGUAUCCACCGACGGCGGAAACACAUUCGCUGCUGCUAAGCUGCCUGUGGAGGUGGAGGAGAAGAGCUACACCGUGCUGGACACCUCUGAAGGCGCCAUCAUGCUCCAUGUCAACCACGGCGGAGAAGGGGGGCGUGACAGCGGGAACGUAUACAUAUCUGACGGGAAGGGCAUUCGUUUUUCUUUGUCUCUGCCCAACAACAUUCGCGCGGGCACUGGCGAAUGUGAAUUUGAUAAAGUGUUGUCGAUGGAGGGGGUUUACAUAGCCAACUUCAGAGACUCUAUAGAGACGGGAGCAGCAGCAGCAGCAGCAGCAGCAGUUGGUGGUGGUGUUGCUGCUGCUGGGAGCACCGGACCGAACGCGUCUGCUGCUGCUGCUGCUGCUGCUGCUGCUGCAGCCGAAGCAGAACGCAUGAAAGAAGAAGAACAAGAAGCAGAAGGUAUAACCGCAGAGGUAGAGAGAAAACACGCCAAGGUAGCCAACAAAGCGAGGAGAGAAGAGGUGACCCGGACAGCCAUCUCGUUCGAUAAAGGGGGUGUAUGGAGCUACCUAAAGGCCCCCCGCGUCGACAGCAGAGGCCAGAAGAUAGACUGCAACCCCAGCAACUGCUGGCUGCACCUUAACGGCAUAACAAAGUUCAACGAAUACGCCCCCUUCUAUAGCGUGGAGAACGCCGUCGGCAUCAUCAUGGCCACCGGCAACGUAGGCAGCUACCUUCGCUCGGAGAAAGAAGAAGUAAACACCUACCUAUCCAGGGACGGCGGCCUCACCUGGGUGGAGGCGCACAAAGGCGCAUUCAUCUACGAAAUGGGAGACCACGGAGGACUACUCGUCAUGGCUGAUGACACCAAGAAAACCAACGCCAAGGUAGCCAACAAAGCGAGGAGAGAAGAGGUUGUAUUUAGCUGGAACGAGGGCCAGAGCUGGUACGACUUUGAGCUGGGCUCUGAGCCCCUGUUCGUCGACAACAUCGUCAUCGAGCCGAACUCAUCCAGCGUCGAGUUUCUUCUCUAUGGAAAAAGAGAAAACGACAACGCAGGCGUGUUGUUUCACCUUGAUUUCGCCGCACUAAACCAACAAAGAUGCAAAGGCAUAUGGGCCGCCGACUCUGUCUCCAGCGACUACGAAACAUGGAGCCCUUCAGGGAAGCACAUAACGUACACCCGGCGGAAACAAACGAGCGAAUGUUUCAAUGGCAGAGACUUUCAGAGACCCCGCAGCGUCGAGGUGUGCCCGUGCACAAUGCAAGACUACGAGUGCGAGUACGGCUUCGAGAGGGCCGUUGGCUCUGUUCACUGUCUGCCGACGGACGUCGCUGCUGCUGCUGCUUCGACUGCAGCAGGGCUUAACCAGCUAGCUGAUGCUGAAGAUGCAGCUGCAGCCGCUGCAUGCACCUCCUCAGCAUUCUUCUACACCGCAGCAUACAGAAAAGUUCCUGGUGAUGUCUGUGAGGGCGGGUGGGUGCCGGAGAAGGUGGCGGUGCCCUGCCCCGCUCAUUCUCCGGUUAGCCGCGGCGGCAAGUUGGUGUUAUUGUUGAUUUCUUUGAUUGUCCUCGCCAUGUGCAUUUUCAACUACUUAGCCAGGACAGGGAGAUUGAAGGCCUUCUUCAGAAAUACGGGCUUUGAGACCUUUGCAAACGUUUCAUAUGCCAUUGUUGGGAAUGCCCCUGCGGCCGCUUGGAGCGAUGAAGGCGGCGGCGGGAAUCCAAGGAAGGGCGGACACGGCGGAGAAGAAAUGGAGGGGAGGGUACGCGGAACAGCGAAAUAUGAACCGGAGUUGAGUUUUAUUGAUGCAGAACAGGUAAACCAAUGA